AUGCCUAAGCAAGAAGGUGCUAUACUGGAUCGAUACUGGCAUAAAAGUGGUGUCCGUGGUUGUAUAGCCCGUGUUCUCCGCCCUGUGCAAUUUCUCUUUGCUAUCAUCGUUGCCGCUCUGUACGGCAUCGAUUUAGCCUAUGCGACAAAGACAAACACUACCGCCCCAGCAGAGUGGGUGUAUGCUGAAUUAGCCGUCACCUUAUCCGCUAUCACCUGUAUUGUGUAUUUCUUUGUCCCUUUCCUCCAUGCUGCGUGGUCGACUUGGGAUGGAAUUUUAUUUGUCUUCUGGCUCGCCCAGACGGGUGUUUUCGGAAACAUCUAUAUCUCCGGCGCGCUAGACGAUCACUACAAGCAUGCUACUUUGUCUAUUCCUCGAAUGCGUGCUGCUGUCUGGAUUGACCUAAUCAACAUGUUGUUAUGGCUUUUCACGUUCAUCCUAGGCAUCGCUUGCUGUUGUCGUACCCGCAAACCCACAAGUCAAGGAGACGAUGUCGGUGACAACAAAGACCACUUCUUGAAAAACGAUGAGGAAGAGUGCCUUGGCGAUAAGAAAGACGAUUAUAUCAACAAUGAUGUGGAGAAUUGUUCUCUACCAGAAUACAAGGAGAACCCUGAUGAGGAUUUGGCUGCAAGUCUCGCUGCUAAAAAUUAA